AUGCCAGCACCGGCAUCAACACCAAUUCCACGCGUCAUUCUCUUCGCCGGGGCUCCAUCUCCACUCUUGGUGAAUCUCGAGUCCUGCACUCUAGAAAGCUUCGAUGAGACAUUCCAACAGUUCUUUGGGCGUCUUGACAGCAAACAGCAACACACAGACCCAGCUCUAGGCAUUGAAACUACAUCUCAGCCACCAACACACGCCGUUUGGAGGUCUGUGCCAUUGAACCGUCGGCCCCUCCACACAGGACUGAGCCAGAAUCACAGCAUCUUGAGCGGCUCUUUUCAAGGCCAUCGCGACUUCUUCACCACAGCUGGCGCUCUCUCUGCGGACGAGACUCAAUCUUUCAACAGCGGUGGAGAUGGAGGAGCCAUACUUAGGCAGUUCUGCGAAGAGUCGCUGGCGGCUCACACUCUCAUGCCGUCCAGUCAGAUUGGCAGUUUCAGCAUGGAGAAUACCGAGGAUGCCACAACGACCUCAUUCAUGACAAAUGAUACAGACAACAUCUCCUUGCAAGAUCGUACGAAUCCCCUGACACCGCCCAAACCAUUACAUUUGUCAGACUUGGAAGAUGUUCCCUCCGCUCGUCGGAUUCUCGCUCUGAGCCCCCAGACUGUGACGCUCAACUUGAUCGUCGCCGUCAUAUCCAUAGCCCAGCCUCGGACCGUCACGACGCGUUGGGGCACCACUCUGUCGCUAGUCGAGAUCCUUGUUGGCGAUGACACCAAGUCAGGCUUUGGCGUAACCUUUUGGCUCUCCAGCGACCAGGCCACGACCGGUCAAAUCAGCAAGCUGAGGCGGCAGGACGUCGUUCUGAUGGAGAACGUGGCGCUACACGUCUUCCGAGGCAAGGUCUAUGGCCAAAGUCUGCGCAAGAAUCUUACUCGGGUCAACCUCCUCUGGCGAAGCGAAGGAGGCGGGUAUUAUCAGAACAGAGAUCUCGCCCAACGAGCCGCGGCGAAGCAUCCCCAGCAGGAAAAGACGAGGCUCGUCAAGGACUGGGUGCUUCAUUUCGUCGGGCGAGAUUCGGGAGCAGUCACGAGAAAGAGGGCAAGCCGACUAUCAUGGGACCAACCUCCCGACGAUACGCAGUAA